UCCAGCAGCAGGCUGGCAGAGGGAGCAGACGGCGGCGGUUUGUGGACGCGCGCACCAUGGCUCUCGGCCCGCUGCGUCCGCUGCUGCGGCUUCUCGUGCUGGGACUCUGGCUGGCGCUGUUGUGCGCUGCGGCUGGGGAGCGGACGCCAGGUGCUGCCCCCUGCCCCCGCGGCACCUCCUGGAGCUCGGACCUCGACAAGUGCAUGGACUGUGCGUCGUGCCCCGUGCGGCCACGCAGCGACUUCUGCCUGGGCUGUGCUACAGCCCCUCCAGCCCCCUUCCCGCUGCUCUGGCCCAUCCUGGGGGGUGCCCUGAGCCUGGCCCUUGUGGUAGGGCUGCUUUCUGGCUUCCUGGUCUGGAGAAGAUGCCGCAGGAGAGAAAAGUUUACCAGUAAGUGUGCCCCAGCCUGCCCGCCUCUGUCACUGUUCAGUUUCUCCUUCUCACUGUGACCCCUCUUGUCUUGCAGCCCCCAUCGAGGAGACUGGCGGGGAGGGCUGCCCAGGUGUGGCACUGAUCCAGUGACAGUGAGCGCCCCCUGCCAGCCUGUGCUCCCACGCAUUCAUUCAUUCAUUCUGGAGCCACCCCUUGCCUCCCAGACUCAGCCUGUGCCAGGCUCAGCCAGCCACCCGGAGGGGUGAUGGUGGUGAAUCAUCUCUGAGGCCUGAGGUUUUGGGGAGCCUUCCAAGGUAUCUCUCAUUGCCUGGUCUCAGGCUCCAGGACAGAAAGGAGCCCCAUCCAGCUCACACACUAUCGACCACUGACACUGAGGAACUGCAGCAUUUGCACAAGGGGGUCUCUACCCCCCAUGCCCUGGGGGGCCAGGCCGACCUGAAGGGCAGACACAACACUAGGCCCCACCCAUUCAGAUGUGCUGAAACGCUGACAGGGGUCUCAGCCUGGGGGGUUAGGGACCUGCUCUGAACACUAGGGGCUGGCCCUCUAGGGGGGCCGGCUCUACCACACUGCCUCUACUAGCCCCCAAAGUGGGGAGAUAUUUAUUUUGGGGAAAAAGUUUGAGAGGGAGGGAGAAUUUAUUAAUAAAAGAGUUUUUAACUUUAAA